GGGGACAGCUGUCCAGAGGCAUGCGUCUCACUCAUCCGUGUUAUUCUCAUGUCUUGCUGCUGCUGCUAUGGAUCUCCUGUCAGCUGCAGGCUCCUCUUGCCCAGGUGAUGGAUUUCCUUUAUGAAAAAUGGAAGAGCUACAGCGAUGAGUGUCGUCACAACCUGAGCCUAAUACCCCCUCCCACGGAGCUGGUCUGCAACAGAACCUUUGACAAAUAUUCCUGCUGGCCAGACACACUCCCCAACACCACAGCCAACAUCUCCUGUCCUUGGUACCUGCCUUGGCAUCAUAAAGUGCAGCACCGAUUCGUUUUCAAGAAAUGUGGACCUGAUGGGCAAUGGGUCAAAGGUCCCCAAGGUCAGGCCUUGCGCAAUGCCUCGCAGUGUGAGAUGGACAUCAAUGAGAUCUGGUCACAGAACAAGUCUGCUCAGAUGUACAGCAGUUUCCAGAUGAUAUACACUGUGGGCUACUCAGUGUCCCUAGGGGCCCUGCUCCUUGCCCUUCUCAUUCUGCUGGGCUUCAGCAAGCUGCACUGUACCCGUAACUACAUCCACAUGAACCUGUUUGUCUCCUUCAUUCUCAAGGCCAGCUCUGUGCUGGUCAUUGAUGCCCUGCUCAAAACCCGAUACAGCCAGAAGAUUGGAGAUGAUCUCAGUAUGAGCAUCUGGCUCAGCGAUGAGGCAGUGGCGGGGUGCCGAGUGGCCACGGUGUUCAUGCAGUACGGCAUUGUGGCCAAUUACUGUUGGCUGCUGGUGGAAGGUGUAUACCUACACAACCUGCUGGUGCUGGCUGUCUUCUCGGAGAAGAGUUACUUCAAUUUCUACCUGGGCAUUGGCUGGGGGGCCCCUCUUCUCUUUGUCAUCCCCUGGGUCGUGGUGAAAUUUUUCUAUGAGAACAUCCAGUGCUGGACUAGCAAUGAUAACAUGGGUUUCUGGUGGAUCCUCCGAUUCCCUGUCUUCCUAGCUAUCCUGAUCAACUUCUUCAUCUUCAUCCGUAUCAUCCAGAUCCUGGUCUCCAAACUUCAGGCCCACCAGAUGGGAUACACUGACUAUAAGUUUCGGCUGGCCAAGUCGACGCUGACACUGAUCCCUCUUCUGGGCAUCCAUGAGGUGGUGUUUGCUUUCGUGACAGAUGAGCAUGCUCAGGGCACCCUGCGCUCCAUCAAGCUCUUCUUUGACCUCUUUCUCAGCUCAUUCCAGGGCAUGCUGGUGGCCAUUCUCUAUUGCUUUGUCAACAAGGAGGUUCAGGGGGAGCUGCUGAAAAGCUGGCACCGUUGGCAACUCGGGAGAGCCCUGGAAGAGGAGCAUCGCCACACAUGCAGCCACACGAGCACUGGUCGCCCUGGGUCCACCUGCCCCAGUGAAAAGCAUCAGCUGGUAAGCUGUAGCAGCACCAGCAGUGGGGCAGGAUGCAGUCGGGCAAAUGCUCUAAACCGAAACUCCUACCUUGAGAAGACUGAGGCCAGCCCUGGUGACCCAGGCACUGAGGGUGAAGGAACCCAUUGCUAUACCUUCCCUGGGGUGGCUGAGAGCAACUUCUGAGCCUUCUAUGUGAGGGAAGGGUUUCUGGACCCAGAAACUGAACCACAGAACCUGGAACCUGGAAGCUGAAGUGGCAGGUCAGGAGAAAGAAUACUGGCAUCCAAAACCUAGAAAAUCAAGGGAGCCCAGGUAGAGAGAGGGGACCUUACCCAAAAGACUUGGAGGCAGCAUGGUGCUAUGGGAAGACCACUCAGGUUCUGGCUGUCACUAACUAGUUGUAUGACUGUAGGCAAGUAUUUUCCCCACUCUGAAUUUUAUUUUCCACAUACAUAAACAGAGUUGGAUUAGGUGAUCUCUUCAGCUUCAGCAUUCCUAUAAAUUAAAAUGUCUAAGCCUGGCAAAGGGGGUGAGGUGUGAUGGGAGAAGGGAAGAAGAGUGGCACCCACUCCCCUGCCUGAGCACUAAACAAUGCCAGCUACACUUUCUGUAGCUUCCCUGCUCUAGGGAGCUGACUUGGAGAAAAUGGAGUUGGGCCCAUUAAGCAGUAUUAAGGAUGAUGUGAUCAGGGCAAUGAAGUCAUUCUUUUUUCUUCCUCACCCCACUUCUGACUUGUGCAGAUAUAUUUUCCAGUAUAAAUGCUCCUUCUUCAUUCUGGGAGGUAGUAUCAAAGGAUUUGUAACUCUCCAUAUAUAUUUUUUUUUUGAAAAAAAAAUGUAUUUUUUUGGCUAGCUCCAAGUGCCCAGUCAAAGAUGGUACUUCUGGCAAAACACCUCAGUGUUAUAUCUAUCUCGAUCUCUUUUCCUGGCAUGUUUUCCCCACUGUAGCUUCCUCUCAAUAAGAACCUCAAUAAGAACAUCUGCUAGAGCAGAUGAGUUGAUUAAUAUAUGAAGACCAUAUAGUAACAUGAUUAAGGUGAUUAACAUAUAAAGACAACAUAUUGUCUUUAUAAAGAUAAAAUAAAUAUUUUUUUUUAAAAAAGGUAAACCGACUUUUCUCAGGUGCCCAGUGAAAAAAGGCCCUAGGCUCCUUCCUGUGAGAGAGCUCAAGGGACAGUGGGAUUACUGCCAUGGUGUUGGUGUUGGUGAGAGGAGAGGACUGGGAAGUUAGAGAGUUCAGUCCUGGCAUAUGUCUUGCCCAAGCGGCUUCAUUCCCAGAGUUCUAGCCCCUUUCUUCAUGGUGGUCACCUCUGCCUGUACUUGCAUUCUCCCCAGCUCUGCAUGGCUUCAAACAACUUUCCUUUUUCCAGCUUCAUGAAUUUUCUACUAGUCCCUUCAGAAAACGGGGGUUUCUUCAAUACAAAAUUGUCCUCAAUGAACCAGACUUGAUGAACUGAUUUCUAAAGGUCACCCAGGGUUGUGGCCUCUAAUUCUUCAUACUAUCAUGUUGCUUCCUUUCUGAUUUGUUCAAAGGACCUCAUAAUUUGUACCUCAUAAAGGGAUUGCUUGGCGUGGCCAAAACUUUGCAACUAGUUCAAUACUGGCACUUUUUCUGUGAUUAAAUCUGUGAAAGACCAAUUCCCUUAUCUGCUUUUCUUCCUCCUUCCCUGAUGCCAUGUCAAACUCUGUCCCAGAUCCCAGGAACCGUCCAAUUGAUCUCUGCCCACUUUGGGCAGAGAAUAUGGACCAGUCAACUGGGGUGAAGUAGGUGGCAGAUAAACCCUGCAUCCAUACAAGAAGAAAUGCUGGAUUCCAAUAAGCAUUAGGGAUCAGAGCCAUGGUGAAGGAGGGAUGGGGGGGGGAGGAGGAGGGGGGCAGUCUCUAUGUUGUGUAUGAUGUCUGUGUGUGUUUAUAUGUAUG